AAACACUUUGAUUGGCUAGUGCGCCAUGUGCGCAAUUGCACCCUGGGCAAAUGAGACGCUCCCGCUGAAAACGAUGUUCGAUGGAUCAAAAUAUUACUACGCGCAGUGGGGAUAAAAAUCUGAACGCUGAUUGGCCACGGAGUUGCUUGUAGGGCACUGCAUGUGAUGUAUCCCCAGUCGUUCAGUCACCACAUUGCGGUGGUCGUCUUGCCGUGUAAUACUGUGUAACUUGCUGUAAUAGUGUGCAACAUGUGUUCGAAUGACACCUAAAUAGAAGUAAACAAAGGCAUUGACAGUCAUUAUUUCGACACGAUCGGUUGAGUUUGCUGUGCCGGACCAAGUUUUUAGUUGGGUCAGGUCCAGUUGAGCGAAAAUGUCAAAGAUAUUCACGCCGACGAAUCAAAUAAAACUGACAAACGUUGCCGUCGUUCGUAUGAAAAAAAGUGGCAAACGCUUCGAAAUCGCCUGUUAUAAAAAUAAAGUGCUCGCCUGGAGGAACAAAUCAGAGACGGACAUCGACGAGGUACUACACACGCACACAGUAUUCACCAAUGUAUCGAAAGGCCAAGUGGCAAAGAAGGAAGAUCUUGUGAAAGCGUUUGGCAUUGAGGAUCAGACUGAAGUGUGCAAACAAAUUCUUGCGAAGGGUGAGCUUCAAGUUUCCGACAAGGAAAGGCAUUUAGCAUUGGAGUCGACGUUCAAAGAUAUCGCCACGAUAGUCGCCAGCCAGUGUAUAAAUCCAGAGACUAAGCAUCCAUAUACAGUGUCCAUGAUCGAAAAAGCUAUGAAAGAAGUUAUACACUUUUCCGUGAAACCUAAUCGAAAUGCCAAACAACAGGCGUUAGACGUCAUCUCGCAACUGAAGAAGGCGAUGCCUCUGGAACGCGCCCAAAUGAGGAUCAAAAUUGUUAUUCCAGAAAAGGAAGCAAAGAAGUUAAAAGAUAAGAUUGCUAAAUUGAUAGCGAAAAUGGAGCAAGAGACGUGGGAAGGUGGAGCGUUAACGAUAAUCUGCUUGAUUGAUCCAGGUCAAUACAGAGGACUAGAUGAAUUAGUGCAAGCAGAAACAAAGGGUACCGCUGUAUUCGAAUUAAUCAGUUUAAAAGUAAUCGAAGAAGAGAAACUCCUAGAAUAAGUUGUGAAUAGAUUUAGCUUUUUUUUUAAUCAUUGUUGUCUCCGAGAUUCAUAUUUAUUAAUAUAUAAUUUAAUACGUUGGUAACAACUUUGUUAUAUAUUAAUUAUAUCUGGCACUUUGUUAACAAUGACUAAUAAAGUAAUUUGUAUUUA